GUAAUGUUUUGCCUACAAAAGAGAUAGAAACCAACAAGAGUAUGUUUAAAAAGAACAAGCUUAUUGCAGAAGGACCAAAAGAAGAUCAUAUUCAAACUGAGGAUGAAAGACAAAUAAAAUGUUUAGUUGAGCAACAGACUGCUACAAAAGUUACCUUCAAUGAGCAGCUAGCUAGAGGUCGAGAGUUUUCCAAAUCUGGCAGCUAUAAUGUAGAUGUUAAAACCUCUGGUGCUACUUCCUUGGAUGAAUAUAACAUCGCAUUACGAAAAGUUGAAUAUUUGGAAGAGCUAAAAGCAUGCGGUUUAACAGAUGAAGAAAUAAACUUAAAAUUAUCCAAUUCAAACGGAAGAGGAGAGAAGAGAAAAGGAUUAGAAAAUCCUGAAGUAACAUUUCAAAAACUAGCCAAAAUUGAUUUAAAAAUAAACAUGAAAAAAAAAGAUCUUCAAAAGACAAAUGUGUUUCGUAACAGUAAAAAAUUAUCAAGACACAGAUUCGAACUCGAAAGAUCUCUUGCAAAUACUCAGGAAAAAGCCAAAUUAUAUGAUAUUUUAUUAGAACAGAGCAAAUUAAUGGAAGAUGAGGGUGGUUGUUUAAAACAGACUAUUGAAAAAGUUGAAAAUAAAGUUCAGGGUUAUCUUAUAAAUAAAAGAAAAGAAAGAAAAAAUAAAUUUAAAGAUAUUCAACUUGAUGAUAGUAACAAUGAUUUGGGAGAUGUUUAUCCUCAUAAUAAAUGGGAAAAAGUUGAAAAUAAAUUCAUUGGUCCUCCACCUAAGCCUGAGAACUGGCAAGAUACAAUCGACAUAAUCCCAAGUGAUUCUAUUGCUAGGUACAAAUUAACUGAAAACGAAAUAAGACUUAUUCCGAGGUUUAAAGAUUAUAAUCCAGGAGAAAAGAACAAUAUAUUGUUUGUGAAGAAUUUAUCAUCUAAAAUAACGGAAGAGGAUCUUCACAUGCUGUUUAAUAGAUUCAACAAAGAUGAAGCUAUUGAAUGUAGAUUACUGAAGGGUAAAAUGAGAGGACAAGCUUUCAUCACAUUUCCUUGCUCUGACGAGGCAACUGAAGCACUGAAAUUAAUUAAUGGUUAUGAAUAUAAGGGAAAACCAAUAGUUAUCAUGUACGGGAAAAAGAUGAAAAACGCAAUUAGUACACAUUGA